AUGCGUCUGAGCAAUAAAUGCAUAGCAGCAGUGGCUGGAGCAUCAGUGCUCUGGAUGUUCAUUAUGGUAGCAUAUUUGGGAUUGCUGGAUGAGCCACAAGGACGAACCUUACGUCAUCCACAUCGUGGUACUAUGCAAAAAACAACUAGCACGGUGCCCCCGAUCUCAAACCGGUCAAUACGUCUUGAGAACAACAAUAACAAGAACAACAACGAUCUAUCGAAACAAAUUCUGGAGGAGCAAUUCUCGCUGAAUAAUGCGCCGAAACAAGAACGUGAUAUGGGUUUCAAGAAAUACGCAUUUAAUCAAUGUUUGAAUGAAAGCUAUGCAGAAGAACUGCCAGCAGCAAGCAUUGUUAUUUGUUAUUAUAACGAAGCACCUUCGGCACUGAUUCGCAUGGUUAAUAGUAUCUUGGACCGGACGCCGUCCAGUCUGAUCCACGAAAUACUACUGGUUGAUGAUCACAGCGAGCCGGGUAUUAACGAACUGGUGAAGAUGCUACGCACGGAGCGAAAUGAGGGACUGAUACGAGCCAGGAUAUUCGGUGCACAGCAUGCUACCGGUGAAGUACUGGUUUUCCUAGACAGUCACUGCGAAGUAAACGAACGUUGGCUGGAACCACUGCUUGAUCGCAUAGCAGCCGAUAGGCAUACAGUGGUUUGUCCGAUCAUUGAUAUCAUCGAUGCGGAUACACUGAAGUACAUCGAGUCGCCGGUCUGCAAAGGUGGUAUGUCCUGGUCGCUAACAUUCAAAUGGGAUUAUUUCCCGGCUUCCUACUUCCACGAGCCGAAGCAGUACAUACGGCCACUGCAAUCGGCCACAAUGGCUGGUGGAUUAUUCGCCAUCGAUAGGAAGUAUUUCCAGGAACUGGGGCAGUACGACCGGGGAAUGGAAAUCUGGGGGGCCGAAAAUGUCGAAAUUUCUUUGAGAAUUUGGAUGUGUGGUGGCCGUCUGGAAAUAAUUCCGUGCAGUCGAGUCGGCCAUAUAUUCCGUCAGCGUCGACCUUACGGGGCAGGAAUUGAUUCGAUGGGUCGUAAUGCUGCUCGUGCGGCCAAUAUCUGGCUCGACGAGUUCCUCGACACUUUUUACGCGACGAGGCCACAAUUGCGUGGUAUUGACAUAGGCGAUAUAUCAGAAAUGAAACAAUUACGUAAAAAACUGCACUGUAAAUCCUUUCUGUGGUACCUUCAAAAUAUCUAUCCAGAAUUAUUGCCAAACAAUCAUCCAACAAUGGCGGAUCUCAAAAAAUCCGAUUUGCUACGGAACAAAAAUGUUACCAAAUAUCGCAUUGCACUGUACAAUACAAGCCUGUGCUUGACGGCCGAGUCAACCAAUGGUCGACUGGUACGAGGAAGCCGCAUUUCCAUCGAGUAUUGUCGUAAAGGAGACCGUCAUCAAAUUUGGCGCUGGACGAAAAUUGGCGAACUCCGUCCGAUGGGCUCUGCGAUGCUCUGCCUCGAUUCGCUGAAGGGGCCACGACUUCUGAAAUGUCACUUGCAAGGAGCUCAUCAGGAGUGGUCACUACUGGGCCGGAAAAUCUAUAAUGCAGCAGUUGGUCAGUGUAUACACGGCGAGAAGGAUUCAUCGAGUGUCAUUCAGAACCGCUUUUGUUCAGUUGCCAGUGAAUGGGAAUUUCGAGCCGACACUGCCCGGAUUAGGUGA